AUGGCCUUGCACCUGGGUUUUAAAAAUCUGCCAUCUACAAGAGUUCCAUUUCUUAAAGCACAUGGCACACAUGGGCAAGUAGAUUCUGAGUGUGCUCUGAUGAUAAAAGUAUUGGAUGCUGUAAGAGGGACCCCAGCAGCCAAACUGCGUGCCAAGUUAUUGAAACAGAAAGAUGACAAAAGCUGGGACCUGCUGAAUUCUGGGAUAACAUCUUCCGAUGGAGAAAUCCACAGCCUCAUCACUGAAGAACAAUUUGUUGAAGGAAUAUAUAAACUGCAAUUUGCAACCAAACCUUUUUGGAGCAAGCUGGGUCUUUCACCAUUCCAUGAAUUUGUUGAUGUGGUGUUUACUGCUAAUGAUGCUGGUCACCGUCACUACACAAUUGCUGUGCUCCUCACUCCGUAUUCCUUCUCCACAACCGCUGUGGUCAGUGAUCUGCUGCAGGAAGCCCAUGACUGACUGACAGAAAUUAUCGUCUUUCCUCGUAUUCAGUAUUCUACGCAUAA